AUGGCUUCACAAUCGCAGCCCGUCCCUGAGGGGAUGGAGAACUUCGUCGUCGGACUGAUUGGUAUGGGCGACAUGGGCAAGAUGUAUGCUGAAAGGCUGUCUGCCGCUGGCUGGAGAACAGAUGCUUUCUCCCUAAUCAUGGCCUGCGACAGAGAAGAGAAUCAGGAGAAGCUUCAGAAAGAAUAUGCUGGAAAUAAAAAUAUAGAAAUUUGUCGAAAUGGCCACUAUGUUUCCCGCGCAAGCGACUAUAUCAUCUACAGCGUCGAGGCCGCCGUCAUUGAUCGUGUAAUUGCUCAGUAUGGACCAUCUACCAAGCUUGGUGCCAUCGUUGGAGGGCAAACCUCUUGCAAGUCCCCCGAGAUCGCUGCCUUCGAGGCUCACCUCCCCACCGACGUCGAUAUUAUCUCGUGCCACUCACUUCAUGGCCCCAAUGUUGAUCCGACUAACCAGCCCCUUGUGCUCAUCCAACACCGCGCCCCAGAUUCAGCUCUUCGAAAGGUUGAGAUUGUCCUCAGCUGUCUCCGCUCAAAGUUUGUCCAUCUCUCAGCUCGCGAGCACGACCGUAUCACCGCCGAUACUCAAGCAGUCACCCAUGCAGCCUUCUUAUCUAUGGGUAAGGCGUGGCACGCUAACAAGCAAUUUCCUUGGGAGCUGAGUCGAUAUGUUGGCGGUAUUGAGAAUGUCAAGGUCAAUCUGAUGUUGCGCAUCUACAGUCAGAAGUGGCAUGUAUACGCUGGCCUUGCUAUUCUCAACCCUGAAGCGAGUGAACAGAUCUCACAGUAUGCACGAAGCGUCACCGAUUUGUACAAACUCAUGCUCGAAGGAAACCGUGAGGGUUUCAGAGAACGAGUCUACCGUGCACGCGACAAGGUAUUUGGUCCGUCCACGUCCUGGGACACACGCCCCUUGCUUGAGCCGUCGAUCCUGUCGUCCUUCUCGCUCGGGACGCCUACAGAUGAGCCUCGACCCAACAACCAUCUCUCGAUCCUUGCAAUGGUCGACUGCUGGGCGGCGCUCAACAUUGUACCCUACGAUCACAUGCUCUGCAGCACUCCUCUAUUCCGCUUGCGCCUUGGCGUCACUGAAUACCUGUUCCGCAACGAAGAUGUCCUCGACGCAGCCAUUGAGACUGCAAUUGAGGAUAAGACGUACCGUAGCGAUGAUCUGGAGUUCACUUUUGCAGCACGGGCCUGGGCCGAAUGUGUGAACCUGGGACAUUUCGAGACAUGGGAGAAGCGGUUCGUGAGUACCCAGCAGUUCUUUGAACCACGAUUUGAAGAGGCCAAAGUGGUGGGUAAUCAAAUGAUGAAGAAGAUAUUGGAGAAUUCCAAGGAUAAUUAG